UAUGCGUCUGUAAAUGUAAAACCGCUCAACUUAAUUCAGUAACAAAAUAAGCAAGAAAUCGAAAUACUGGAUUCAUCUCAUAUAUCAAAUCGAAAUAAAGACUUUCGCUUUUUAUUUGCAAUAUUUGGAGUUGAUACGUUAGAUACAGAUAGAUCAUAUCUUGUAAAUUUUCUCUACUUUUCUUUUCUCAAUCGGCCCCUCCCCUUUUAUCCUUUCUUUUGUGCUCCUUAAGAACUAAAGAACUAAACAAGUGGAUUUCUUUCUUAUAACAUAAUGAUAAACGUAAUGAUAACUUUUCUGUCUUUUUUUGUCACUCAUUUUUGAUCAGCAUAAUAUUUUUCCUAAUUUUUUUUUCAAUUAUUGCUGGACUCUAGACUAUAUAUAGUUUAGAUAACCCGCGAAAAUUUUCGACAUAUUUGAUUGCGAUCUUGAUAUAGACAGGGCGCUCCUUCGUCUCAAAAUCUGAAUAGAACAAUCUUUAUUAUUUGAAGCGGUUCUUUCGGGCAGUUAUCAAAAGAGGGCAAUUGCUUCGAAUUUGAUCAAUUGAGAUAUAUGGAAACAAAAACAAUAUAACAAUAAUAUAUAUAUUUCAUUCGAAUUCAAAGUGGAUUCUUAUUUUCUAUAUUCUGUAUUCUUUUUAGAUUCAAUUAGAUUCAAGGGCUAAGCACUGAAUCAAAAAAAAACAGAGAAUAGAUUCAUGGGCCCCUACUUUAUAAUAUAAUGAAAGGCAUGCUUGAUAGAAAGAUUAGAUCACAUAAAGUCAACGAAUGAGGUGGGUUCAUUAACAACUCACAGAUGAAAAAAUGGCAAAAAAGAAAGCAUUCACUCCCCUUCUAUAUCUUGCAUCUAUAGUAUUUUUGCCCUGGUGGAUCUCUCUCUCAUUUAAUAAAAGUCUGAAAUCUUGGAUUACUAAUUGGUGGGAUACUAGGCAAUCCGAAACUUUUUUGAAUGAUAUUCAAGAAAAGAGUAUUCUAGAACAAUUCAUAGAAGUAGAGGAACUCUUCCUGUUGGACGAAAUGAUAAAAGAAUACCCGGAAACACAUCUACAAAAGCUUCGUAUAGGAAUCCAAAAAGAAACGAUCCAAUUGAUCAAGCUGCACAAUGAGGAUCAUAUCCAUACGAUUUUGCACUUCUCGACCAAUCUAAUCUGUUUCGUUAUUCUAAGUGGUUAUUCUAUUUUGGGGAAUGAAGAACUUCUUAUUCUUAACUCUUGGGUUCAAGAAUUCCUAUAUAAUUUAAGCGACACAAUAAAAGCUUUUUCUAUUCUUUUAUUAACAGAUUUAUGUAUAGGAUUUCAUUCGCCCCACGGUUGGGAACUAAUGAUUGGCUCUAUAUACAAAGAUUUUGGAUUUGCUCAUAAUGAUCAAAUUAUAUCUGGUCUUGUUUCUACUUUUCCAGUCAUUCUAGAUACAAUUUUAAAAUAUUGGAUCUUUCGUUAUUUAAAUCGUGUAUCUCCGUCACUUGUAGUUAUUUAUCAUUCAAUGAAUGACUGAAAAUGAUUCACGGAUUCAAUUAGAAUCUUUCUUACUUUCGAGAUAAGCAAAGCAUGCAAAGUCGUACUUACUUUACUCUUUCUACCCAUCAGGAGAAUACAAUUUCUCCUCUGUUUCAGUCAUUUUUUUUUUUCAGUUUUCAGUAAAAGUAAAUAGCAGAAUCGUGGCUAGGGAACUAUACUAGUGACCUACCUAAUUUUAUUGUAGAAAUUUUCGGGAUCAAUGAUUGGACCAUGCAAACUAGAAAUACUUUUUCUUGGAUAAAGGAGGAGAUUACUCGAUCCAUUUCCGUAUCGCUCAUGAUCUAUAUAAUAACCGGGGCUUCCAUUUCAAAUGCAUAUCCCAUUUUUGCGCAGCAGGGGUAUGAAAAUCCACGAGAAGCAACUGGGCGUAUUGUAUGUGCCAAUUGCCAUUUAGCGAAUAAACCCGUGGAUAUUGAGGUUCCACAAGCGGUACUUCCUGAUACUGUAUUUGAAGCGGUUGUUAGAAUUCCUUAUGAUAUGCAACUGAAACAAGUUCUUGCUAAUGGUAAGAAAGGGGCUUUGAAUGUGGGUGCUGUUCUUAUUUUACCAGAGGGGUUUGAGUUAGCCCCGCCUGAUCGUAUUUCGCCCGAGAUGAAAGAAAAGAUAGGCAAUCUGUCUUUUCAGAACUACCGCCCCACUAAGAAAAAUAUUCUUGUGAUAGGUCCUGUUCCUGGUAAAAAAUAUAGUGAAAUCACCUUUCCUAUUCUUUCCCCAGACCCUGCUAGUAAUAAGGAUGCUCAUUUCUUAAAAUAUCCCAUAUACGUAGGCGGAAACAGGGGAAGGGGCCAGAUUUAUCCCGACGGGAACAAAAGUAACAAUACUGUUUAUAAUGCUACGGCAACAGGUAUAGUAAGCAAAAUCAUACGAAAAGAAAAAGGGGGGUACGAAAUAACCAUAACGGAUGCCUUGGAUGGACAUCAAGUGGUUGAUAUUAUCCCCCCAGGACCAGAACUUCUUGUUUCAGAGGGUGAAUCUAUCAAACUCGAUCAACCAUUAACAAUUAAUCCUAAUGUGGGUGGAUUUGGUCAGGGGGAUGCAGAAAUAGUACUUCAAGACCCACUACGCGUCCAAGGUCUUUUGUUCUUCUUGGCAUCUAUUGUUUUUGCACAAAUCUUUUUGGUUCUUAAAAAGAAACAGUUUGAGAAGGUUCAAGUGUCCGAAAUGAAUUUCUAGAUCUGUGGAUUUAUCAACAUCAAAUUUGUAAAAAAGAACAAAUUAUUCCUGGCAAUUAGGUUAGGUAUAAUGAAAAAAGGGAUGAAAAGUCUUUUGCUUGUUUCUAUUCUUUCUCUAGGAAUUGCUUUUACCGCAUUCAAAAUUCAAAACAAAAUAUGUAUAUUGUGAAGAAGACUAUUUGUCUUUACCUCUUUUUUUUUCUUUUUUCAAUCUAAAUUGGACUAAAUUGGGGGGGGGG